AACAGAUCUGUUUGAUUAGUGCUGAGCAGGGCAUAUAUUGCCAUUGUUGAGAGCAAGCAAAUAAUACGCAAAAGUAGUGAAAAAUGGACAAGGCAGAUCUUGCCCAGAAGCUGUAUAACAAAAUGCGUCUGUGGGAAUUCCCGGAUCAAUAUGUUGUGGAGCCAACCGACGGCUCCUCUGCUUCCUUGCUCGCCAUCAAUCGUGUCGAUGGCUCCAUCAAGCUUAUAGAUGACAUACCUCAAUCCACCUCGCUUCGUGUUCCUAAAAUUCGGACGAUCUAUGGCGUGGUUGGGAUGCUUAAGCUCUUAGCAGGGUCGUAUUUAUUUGUGAUAACUGAACGAGAAUGUGUUGGAUCUUAUUUGGGUUAUCCCAUCUUCAAAAUUACAUCAAUGAAGGUUUUUCCUUGUGAUCAUUCUCUAAAAAAUUCUCCAGAAGAACAGAAGAAGAUGGAGAAUGAGUUUUCUCGCUUACUAAAUGUUGCAGAGAGAACUCCGGGUCUAUAUUUCUCUUAUGACGUGAAUAUUACAUUGAGCGGUCAGCGACUGCAUGAUCUGGGUGACGAAUCAAAGUCGUUACCUCUAUGGAGACAAGCAGACCCUCGAUUUCUUUGGAAUAGUUAUAUGUUGGAAGUGCUUAUAGAUAACAAGCUUGACCCAUACCUGCUUCCUGUCAUGCAAGGCACUUUUCAGAGCUUUCAAGCUGCCAUUGGGAAAGAUAUCCUUGAUGUUGCACUGAUUGCACGAAGAUGCACUAGGAGAACUGGCACACGAAUGUGGAGAAGAGGAGCUGAUUCUGAUGGUUUUGUUGCAAAUUUCGUGGAAACUGAACAAAUCGUCCAGCUAAAUGGGUACACUGCAUCUUUUAUUCAGAUCCGAGGGUCAAUACCAUUACUUUGGGACCAGAUUGUUGAUUUGACAUACAAGCCGAAGUUCGAAAUUGUGAGACCGGAGGAAGCACCCCGAGUAGCUGAGCGGCACUUUCUGGAUCUAAGAAAGAAGUAUGGAAAUGUUCUUGCUGUUGAUCUAGUCAACAAGCAUGGAGGUGAGGGGCGCUUAUGUGAAAAAUUUGGUCAGGCUAUGGAACCUCUUGCCAGCGAUGAUGUGAGAUAUCUGCACUUUGAUUUUCACAAGAUAUGUGGACAUGUUCAUUUUCAUCUUUAUGAACAAAUGGAGGAUUUUCUCAUUAAAAGCAGGUAUCUUUUGUUAAAUGAGAAGGGGGAGAAAGUUGAAGGGCAAGUUGGAGUCGUGAGGACCAAUUGCAUUGAUUGCCUGGACCGCACAAAUGUCACCCAGAGCAUGAUUGCUCGGAAAAUGCUGGAAUAUCAACUUCGAAGGCUUGGUGUUUUUGAUGCUGAGGAAACUAUUAGUACACAUCCCAAUUUUGAUGACAGCUUUAAAAUUUUGUGGGCUAACCACGGGGAUGACAUAAGCAUUCAGUACUCUGGUACUCCUGCUUUAAAAGGAGAUUUUGUCAGAUGUGGCCAGAGGACAAUCCAAGGGGUUGUGAACGAUGGCUGGAAUGCUCUCAUGCGGUACUACUUAAACAACUUCUGUGACGGUACAAAACAGGAUGCAAUUGAUUUACUACAAGGACAUUAUAUUGUUUCUGUUUCUCGAAGUAUGACUCCUACAGCACAGAAAGGCGGCGUUGAGGCUAUGGCUUCCUUUCCACUGGCUUUUUCGCUGAUUAUGACUGGAUUCUUAUUUGCAACAAUGUCACUAAGACGAGUUCGUUAUGACAUGUGGAAUUUAUUGUUUUCGAUGAUGUGGGCGAGCAUGAGUUUGGUUAUAGCAGCAUUUGUUAGAGCCAAUGGUCGUGUUUUCUGUAACCGCCCUCGACUCCAUCAACCUAGGCGCUGAUUGAUGAUUAUGGUUCCAAAAUUAGCUGGCACUUGCACCAAGAUUCAUCAAACUAUUCUUCUAACCACACUGCUCAUGAAUCUAUCUAUAUUUAUUGUUAAGUUUUGUAGUCCACAUUCUUUCCUUGUCAAACCCUCGUCUAUAAUCUCUAUUCGUUAAAUUAUCUCCCCAUAUUUAUGGUGGUUGUUUUUGCACUGAAGAAUAUAAAUACCAGUACAAUUUACAUUCGUUCACAUUUGUAAUUUGUACUAAUUUUGCUGAAUUUUUUUUUCGUCCA